AUGACUUCGUCAGGAGCAAAUAAUAGUAUUAAUGAAGAGAACAAAACGACGAUUUAUUCCAUGCUUACUGAUCAGCCUAUCACAAUACCUGACGCGUAUCUGUUUGGUACAUGUAGGCCAGUAUCUGAAUUUGAAAAAUUGAAUUGCAUCGGCAAAGGCACAUAUGGCGUUGUGUAUCGCGGCCGAGAUAAAGUCAGCCAGGAGAUUGUUGCUUUGAAAAAAGUUCGAAUGGAAAAUGAACAGUGGGGUUUACCAAUAAGUUCCAUGCGUGAAAUAAACCUUCUGUUAAAUCUACGUCAUGAAAAUAUCGUUGAAUUACGCGAAAUAGCUGUCGGAAGAUCCUUACGGUCAAUAUUUCUUGUGAUGACUUAUUGUGAACAAGAUCUAGCGUCCUUAUUGGAUCAUAUGUCUCAGCCGUUCACUGAAGCACAAGUCAAAUGCAUCGCAUUACAAUUAUUCCGUGGAUUAAAUUAUGUUCACAAACGCUUCAUUGUACAUCGUGAUAUAAAAGUGUCGAAUCUGUUAUUAACAGAUAGUGGCUGUUUGAAAAUAGCGGAUUUCGGUUUAGCGAGACAGUUCACAUUACCAAAUGGUACAAUGACACCAAUGGUUGUCACACUUUGGUAUCGAGCACCUGAACUUCUGUUCGGUUCAAAAUACCAAACCACAGCCAUCGAUAUCUGGUCGGCAGGCUGUGUACUUGGAGAAUUACUCUGUCAUCGUCCAUUGUUACCUGGCCGCUCGGAAAUCCAGCAGAUUGAUUUGAUUAUUGAUAUGUUUGGAACGCCGACUGAGAAAAUCUGGCCGGGAUUAAAUGAAUUACCAUCAUUGAAAAAUUUUACCUUACGUCAGCAACCGUACAACAAUGUCAAACAGACAUUUUCAUGGUUAUCAAGUGCAGGCUUGCGUCUUAUUAACUUUAUGUUUAUGUACGAUCCGGCCAAACGAGCAACGGCGGAAGAUUGCUUACGAAGUUCGUACUUCAAAGAAGCACCAUUACCUUGUGAGCCUGAACUGAUGCCUUCAUUCCCACAACAUCGAAAUCAGAAAUCAUCCUCAUCAAAUCCAUCGCGUCCAUCCAAUGAUUCGAGUUCGAAUGCAAAUGAUACUCGUAAAAGACAGAAUCUACCUCCGCUUCGCGUUGGUUGUGUUGAUAUGAAUUUUCAAGCACAGAGGGGACAAAUAGGAAAGCUAGUUCGUGCAUUUGCAUGUGCAGGUGUCAUCAUAGGUCCCUACUUUUAUACAAUGGUUCGACCUGAAAAAUCAUUGAAAUAUCUAUUUCAACGACCAACAAAUGAAGAAGGAGAAUUUCUAAAAGUUGAUUCGUCGUAUAAUCGAUUGGCAACUGAAGUUGCUGUUCGAAUGAAACUACCCGAACAAAUGCGCCGUACACCCAAUUUUGAUAUUCGUCCAGCUGUACACACGGGUCUUGAUUUUGAUCUUAAUGGUAACUUUUCACCACUAUUCAGCGGUGUUGUUUAUGUGAUGGUUCCGCAAUGGGCAAAUCUAUCGUCAAUAGAGGACUUGAAAAAAGUCAAAAUAAACAUUAACGGUCAAGAAAUUGAUUUUUCUAAUAUCGAUUUAUCUCGUGUUGAUCUAAGCAAAUUGAACUUUGCUUCGAAUCAAAGCGAAAAACUAACACCACAACCACAAGAAACAACCACAAAAUCGAAUAAAUCAAAACCUUGGUUCAGUCGAUGGUUCGACAAUUCUCCAACACCGUCAUCUCCACCACCAGUGUCAGUGCAAGAACCUUCUCAGCCAACUCCUGUUCCGCCCAUGACGCGUGAAACAAUGCUCGUACAAAAGCUAAUUGAGACAUUCUAUCUAUCGGACGAUGCAAAAAAAUACGCUCUAGGGGAUCAACUCGAAAUGGCAUCUGGUCCAUGGUUUUUGAUACCAUGGUUCGUUGUUGCUGGCUCAUUUUUUCUUCCAUUUACACUCUACACCCGUUUACGUUUACAUUUUCGAACGCGCUUCAAGCGUUUUCUCUUUUUCCACUUUCUUCUCUCCAAUGGUUUAUUAUGCUUAUAUCUAUCACCAUUUCUCGGUCGUCUUAUCAACAUGCAAGUUAGUCGGAUCCGUGAUUCGUCAACAAUAUCCAACGGUCUAGAUUUACUCGACGGUGGAAUCGAAUUUCUCGACAAACAAUUGCAAAGAAAUCGCAUCCUACGUGAAUUGUUACCAAAUGGAAAAGAUCUAUUUGAUGCAGAUGGUGAACGUACGAAGACACGCGUUCGAUUUCCAUACUUUUCGGAAUUGUCUAUUCCAAUGUAUCGAUGGAGUCCAUUGAUUAGUUAUCGAUUGAAACGAUUACGAGCUAAAAUGGACCAAUUAAUGAGUUUAUCUGAACUCGAAGCACGACAAACAAUAUUUAAACCAAAUCCCAAACCCACUUUACUAAAAAGAUCAACAUCUACCAUUGAAUAUUUAGUAAGAACAACAAGGACAAGAGAAGAGAAGAAAAAAAAUGAAGUAUUUUUUGAAGAAGAAUGUAGUCUUGUAGAAAAUAAACUUUCGCCAAUAUCGAAUGACUCGAUGAACAGAGUUUCAGUUUGGCAGGAAUUCAAUGCAUGUCAAUUUCUUGUUUCAUUUUGCUUGUUAACCUUCAGUCUAUUCUAUGCUUUUCGUGAACAGUUACUUAUACUUUGGCCGUACUGGUUAGUCUUCCUUCCACUAUUUAUUUGGAAGUUCUUGGGCAUCGUUGGCGCAGUUGUUGGAAUACUAACCUAUUGUUGUGUUCGAUCGAGAAAUCGUGAGCGAAAUUCUCCGAUUCAAUGUCGAGCAUUAUUUUUGAAUCUCAUCGAAACAAUACUCUUGCUCAUAUUUGAAAUCUUAGUGUGUUAUAAUCUUGAACAGCCGAAUGAUCCGGAAUAUCGUUUAACUUGGAUUGUUUGCUUUUUACCCUUAAUUGUUCUUUCAAUUAUCUCAGUAUUCACCUAUGUUUGGUUACUACGCCAUGGUCGUUCUUGGGAGAUUCAAGCUUUAUUUGUUGUUAAUAUUCUUCAAUUCAUUUUCUUUGCAUUAAAAUUAGAUAAUAGUAUUUUAACGUGGAGCUAUGCGGCAGUAUUUAUUCCGUUGUGGAUUGUCAUGGGUAUCUCGAUUAUAUUUUGUAUCGGUCGGAUAAUCUGGACGUUUUUACAUUAUUAUCGUAAUGAAAAUCAAUCAAAUUCAUCUGGUCAGCAUUAUUUACAUCGACCUUGUUGUCAAAUUCUCGCAAGUCCAACAGUUGGCCAUAUAUGCAUUCUUUUCUUUCUACUCAUUUUUCAAAUCCUUUUAGUCUUCUAUCUGGAACGCUCUGUUGAUCUUUCAUUUAUUGUCGUGUGUUUACCAUUGUAUAUUGCAUUACUACUACUCAUUUACAUGUCAUUUGGUAGUCGAGUACCCGCAAAUCAUUGGUGGUUUGGUCUACGACAAGAUACGUGUACGUGGCUUUUACAUAUAUGUCCGAUAUUUGAAACCUAUGCUAAUAUUGAAUAUCAUUUUACUACAAACGAUUCUCCAUCAACAACUGUGAAUCCUACCAGACAAUUGAAUCGAAAUAUGCAAUCAAAUCGUCGCAUUUUUUUCAAGAAAAAGUCCUCUUCAUUCUGUGAUCAAUCGAAGGAUGGUCACGACGAAAACGAACGUUUAACACCUAUAUUAUUAUCACCUACGAAUAUUUUAAAAUUGCAUGAGCCUGAUUAA